CAAUCAGGAAGCGCCGAGAUACGUUUGUGUUUUUCUUUUCUUUUUUUUACUUUAUUUCUUCAUUUUUUUGGUCUUUAUUGUGAAGGAGUGAUCGGGGCAGCGGUGGAUCAUAAAGGGGGGGAGAAGGUGUUUCUUGUAGCCGAGCACCGUGGAUCUGUGCUGGGGGAAAAGGAGACUGACAGUUGGCCACAUCCAGUCCGAGGCGCUCAGCUGUGGAUGACACAACCGGAGAAGGUCUCUGUCAAUAGCAUGGGCCAGCAUCUAGGAAAGAAGGAAUCACCCACAGACAGCAUGGCUUCUUCACCUGAACCCAAAGCGGCGCCGACAGCAGAAGCAGCAGCACCAGUAGCAGCAGCAGUAGCAGCAGUAGCAGAACCUGAAUCACAAGACGAAGUAUUCGGACUGGGUGAGGCAGAUGCGAACCAGAACAAUGGCUGCAUCUCGACGAAGCCGGCGGUGACUGACUCCACGGGCGCUGAGGGCCCCCACCAGUCCUGGACCCCCGCCAGCACAGCUGACCCUGACACCGCUACGCCACGCCCCCACCUGGCCCGCCUCUUCUCCCGAGAUGCCCCGGGCCGGGAGGAUAACACCUUCAAAGAGCGACCCUCCGAAUCGGAUGAGCUACAGACCAUCCAGGAACACAGCGGAGCAGCUUCAGAGUGCGGAUCGGAUAACCCCGAACAGGACCUAGAUUAGGCUAGCUUUUUUUUCCUCCUGCUCCUCUCUUUUCUCUUCUUCCUACUCUGUCUUUCAGUCUCUCAUUUAAGAGAGAGACAAGAACCCCAUUUUU